AUGGCCUUUUCCAUGGGUGGCGUGGCCAGCCCAGUAGCUAGACAGGCGGACGACAUUGAGGAUAUUCAGACAGAGGUACUGCGACUGAUUCCAAUUACCAGCUCCAAAAAGCAGAACGGCAAUGCCUUCCACAAUAUCAGCCCUUUGCAUGCUGACCCGCAUCUACAGCACCUCGGGUUCGCCGCCAUCUCCGCGCGGAAUCCGAAGACUAAAAUCACCAACAAGCUCAAGCUGCUGCCAUCGCCGUGGCGCGUCGACGACCUGCCGCGGGCCGAGUCCAACCUCUUCGCCGCAGCCCCAAGAAAAGGUGUUGUUGCCGCCGCCGGUCCGGAUUGUCUGGUCAUCGCCUCCGCCGACAGCAUUCGCGCUGCCUUGACUUCAGAGCGCGAUGAAUCCAACAAGGAUCCCGUUGUUCCCUUCAGUCCGGAGCUUACCGUCUCUAUGCCGCGCCUGUCUCAGAUUACAUUCACGUCGGACGAGCAGUACUUGGUCAUAUCGGCGCAACAGGGCGGAGGGCUGGCAAUACACGAAGUCGCCGCGCUUUUGCAGAAGAAUAACAGUCCAGCUCUGCAGAUAGGUACGGAUGGCAUGGGUGUGCGGGCAUUGAUACCAAAUCCGGCACCUGAGCUGGCAGAAAACAUUGCCGUCGUCACGGAGAAGGGACAAUUGAUGAUUGCGAGUCUGAAGCAGGGAGGUUUUGUCAAGACACAGAAUGGGGCUGUGCUGAAGGAUAACGUGAGCUGCGCGACUUGGAGCAACAAGGGAAAGCAGCUGGUCGCUGGUCUGGCCGACGGCACUGUCGUCCAGAUGAAGCCGGACGGCUCUUUGACAGGACUUAUGCCGCGCCCUCCGACUUUGGAGGGAGAUCAGCACGUUUCCUGCAUCUCAUGGUUAACAAACGACGAUUUCUUCAUUGUCCAUGCGCCUACGAGCAUGGAACAGGGUUCCCCUCCUGAAAUGUCCUACCACAUGGUCUCGCGCACUAAGAAUACCCAAAAUUACACCUUCAGCAAAUUUAUUCUGUCCGCUUGCGACGGCUGGGGCGAGAUCCGCAAUCAGCCGCCUCACUACUUCAUUUCUCGUCUGAGGAAUUGGAAGCCUGACUUAGAUGACCUUGUGCUGGUCUCUUCUACCGGAGGUCUGGAGCUUGGACUGAUCACAAAGAGCUCUCAGCCUCUCUCACGAGAAAACCCGGUCACGAACAGCUACGUUCCGACAGUCACGGCCGAUGAUGCUAGAAAGGCUUCUAUGCCUAGCACUGUCGAUGCAGAUUCAUAUCCUGACAUGGAAGAUUCAUCUCCACUCGGCCUUGCACUUGAUCUCUCUAGCAAGGAAAAGGUGUACAAGCCCAUCAGCGGUAGUGACAUUGAAUGGACGAAGACCCCACUCCCAGCGGUCAUGGUACUGAACCACGAAGGCUACCUGAACGCUUGGUGGAUAGUCUACAACUCAUCAGUUGAGUCAGGAACUACCUAUGAGGGCCUUGCCGCAGCAAAUGGUGCCCAAUCUGCACCCGCACCGCAACAAAGCCAACCAGCUGCUCCUGUUUCGUCGAGUCCGUUUGGAAAGUCCGGUUUUGGUCAACCGGCCUUCGGCAGUUCAGGCUUUGGUGGUGCAUCUCCUUUGGGUCAAAGCAAGUCCCCUUGGGCAUCCACCAGCGUCGGUAGUGCCACCAGUGCGCCUGCAUUCGGACAGUCUGCUUUUGGAUCGGCAUCGAAACCGGCCACUCCAGCGUUCGGCAAGCCGGCAUUUGGAGCACCCUCCCAGCCUGGAACUGGUGCAGGGUUUGGCUCAGCUAGUGGUCUAGGCCAGAAGGCUUCUCCAUGGGGAAGCCCCGCUCCGACACCUUCACAGAUUCCUAAGCCUAGUGGAGGCUUUGCCAGCUCGGGUUCGAGCGAGAGUGGGUUUGCUAAAUUCAACCAGCAGAGCGCAUCGCCAUUUGGUGCAGCAAAGCAAGGGCAGCAGACAACAUUCGCAGCUUUGGCGGCAAACAAGCCUGGGCAGUCGGCAUUUUCUAGUGGUUCUUUCGGUGGUACGCCCAACCAGAGUUUCGGUCUACAAACCGAACCCAGUUUCGCAUCUACGGUCUCGCUAAAUUCGACUGCAGGCGGCUCGACAGUCAAGUCCUCAUCCUUCGGAGCUCCCACCCAGCCGUCGGCGAACCUUUUCGGCCAAAAGAAGGAGGCGGAACAACCCCAGACUCAAGAGUCGGACAUGGGCGAUGCGGAUCAUGCCAAUGGAGAUGAUACUCCAAAGGAGCCUGCGAAGCCGGGUCCCUUCGGGCUGAGCAAUAGUGGCUUCAAGCUCGAUUCUGCGUUCAAAGGAGAUGGAUCUGCGAAAGACGAUUUGCCGAAGCCUGAGACAGGUUCCAGUUUUGGCAGUUUUGGUCUUGGGUCCUCUUUUAGUGCAGCUUUGGGUGACGCUGAGAAGACUCAGGGAAAGCCAGGAAACAACGCUCCUGAAAAGGCUGGGUCGGCCCUGUUUGGUAAUAAGACGGAAAACGCCACUUCCCAAGAUGCCCCCAAGACCGGUGGUGGUCUGUUUGGUUCCACCAAACCCGCUUCUCCGUUCCCGUCCACCGGAUCUAAUCUGUUCGGCAAGCCUGCAGAGAAAGCCAAGUCCCCUGCUCCGGAAACUGCCCCUCUGCCGCCAGACUUCACCAAGAAGCCGGCCACGAAGGAGGACUCCCAGCCUGAAGCGGCCCCUUUGCCGCCCGAUUUCACUAAGAAAACGCCCAAGGAGGACAAUUUCCAGCCAGAAGAUGCUCCUCUUCCUCCAGACUUUACAUCUUCCAAGGAAAAUAAGGAGGAGCCUGAGGAGGAGGAUUUCCCUCCGAUUGCGGGCAGCCCUCCUGUAAAGGUUGAGAAGCCAGAGUCGCCUUCACUCUCGGAGAUUCCCGAGAAGAAGAACGAGCCUGCCCUCCCCCCCUCCGCGCCUACCACGAACAACAACGCCUGGAGCUUCCCUCCUGUAGAACAGACUCGUUCAGACUCCAGGUCCAGACCAAUGGCCCAACCCAAGUCCCGCAGCCCGUCUCGCUCACCCGUUCGUUCCCCAAGCCGGAAUACCUUCGCCAUGUCAACUACGCCCGCUGGUAUUCCCAAACACAUCGGACCCACACCUUCCUUCCCUCAGCCGACGUUCGAUCGGCGUGAGGAAACUCUCCGGUCGCCCAGCCCAGUCCGUGCGGCUUCGGGAUCGAUACUCAGCCCUGGCCCUAGGCGACAGGCGGUGACAAUACCACCUCCGGCUCCCAUCUCGCGCGCAACAUCGCGGUCUCAGGUGCCUCUGUCGCAGGAUCCCGUGUUCCAGGAUUUGGGAGACGACCAAGAGUUCGAGGCGACACGGGCGAUUUUAUCUUCAUCCCCCCGUGCCACCAAGACGUUGGAAGACUUCUACGUUCAUCAAGACUACGCCGGAAGGGCCGGUCCCUCCAGUGUGUCUGGGUCGGUUGAACAGCUCUACAGAGACAUGCAGAGCAUGAUUGACACUGUUGGCCUCAACGCACAUCAUCUGGCAGGUUUCAUCAAGGGCCACAACGAAAUCACUCACGAGGGUCGCUCACGCGAUGACCUUGACGUAAAUGUCGAUGACCCUGAAGAUAACGAUUGGGUUCUUGCGGAGAUUGAGGAUCUUUCCAAGACAGAGAACGGUCUUGAGCGCUCAUUGGACACAGGCCGCGUCGCUGACGUUCAGAACAAGAUCCGCAGCCUGAUUCGCCUCUCCAAGGACGUUGGUCAACUGCGCAGGCGCCUCAACGACGUGCGCAAGUCGAUCGAGCAGCGCCGCGACCCGUCCAAGCUCGCCAUCACGCGCUCAACGCCCCUCUCGGAAGAGCAGAGCGCACAGCAAGCACAGCUCCGCUCAGCCUUUGCGCAAACACAGAAGCUCCUCGCAGGCGCCGAAGAAGGCAUCGUCCUCCUCAAGACGCGCAUCUCGUUCGCCCAGGCCAGCAAGGCGGGCGGCGCCACCAACCCGACGGCCACGCCGACGGCCGAGGCGGUCGAGAACACGAUCAAAAAGAUGACGGCCAUCAUCGAGCAGAAGAGCGGCAACCUCGACGUGCUGGAGAACCAGCUCCGGAAGAUGCGCCUCCUCGGCGGCGACGACGGAGACUCGGAGCACCACCCGGCCGAGGGCGACGGGGAAGACGACGACGACGACGACGACAUCGCCGCCGGCCUCAACGCCAUGUCGCUCCGCGGCUCCGGCCGCUUCAGCCGCGAGGCCAGCCCGGCCGUCUUCGCCACGCCGCCCUCGGGCAUGCGCAGGGGCCACCGCAGCCGCGACGGCACGCCCUUCAGCGCCGACGGCAGCGCGCGCAGGAGGCUCUUCUUCACGCCCGACAAGUACGGCUCGGCCAGCCCGGGCGUGCUGCGGAGCAGCGUCGGGCCCGGCGGCUCGGAGCUCGUCCUCCGGAGCGUCGAGGACGCGGCGUUCGGCGGCGAGCACCUGGUCGGCAGGGACGAGGUCAGGGUGUACGUGCGCAAGGUGGAGAAGAAGGCCGUCGUCAAGGGCAAGUUGAAGGAGGCCAUCACGAAGAGGGGGCCGAGGAUCACGAAGAUGGCUGGCGCGAAAUAG